UCAUGAUCCUCCUGGGCGCGGGGGCCUCGGUCAACCUGCAGGAUAACGAAGGACACACCGCUCUGCACUGGGCGACCAUGACGAGAAACCCCAUUAUUGUGCAAGAAUUGUUGCACGCGGGAGCUUCCCUGAAUAUGACCGACAUUUAUGGCAACACGGCGCUCAUCCUUGCCGUCACAGCCAAUGAUAUGCAAAUUAGCAAGAUUCUCCUCGAUGGCGGAGAGAUGAUCGACCACCAGAACCACGUGGGAAAUUCGGCCCUUAUGCUAGCUGUGGAUAAGGGCCAUUCUCAGAUCAUGAAAUUCCUGCUGGAGAGAGGGGCGGAUGUGAAUCUUCAGAAUCAAAAAGGAGACACCGCCCUCUCCGUGGCCGCCGCCCUCGACAACUCCAUCGCCGCCCAGGACCUGAUCAGGGCGGGCGCCGUGCUGGACAUCCCAACAAGGCCGGAAACACGCCCCUAAUGAUGGCAGCGGCUCUGAACCACGUGCAGACUGUGAGAAUUCUACUCGGAGCAAAGGCAAUGGUCAACUUUCAGAAUAAUGAAGGAGAAACAGCCCUCAUCCUCGCCACCUUCCGCGGUUUCAGCCCUCGUGGUGCAGGACCUGAUCGCCGCGGAGCUCAGGUCGAUCUGGCAACGAAUGAUGGAAUCACCCCCUGAUUCUGGCUUCGGACAUGAACCACCCACAAGUUGUUCGGAUACUACUUGAAGGAGGAGCUAAGGUCGACCAGCAGAACGUAGCAGGUUCCACCCCCCUCAUCUCGGCGGCACGUAAGAACCACGGGGACAUUGUCAAGGUCCUACUCGACUACCAGGCGGAUGCAAACAGACAGACGCGGAAAUUCGG